AUGGAUGUGUCGACCUCAUCAUUGGGUUCAGGCACAAGUCCCUUGUUGAGCUUUCCAGCGAGGGGACCCACGCCGCGGGCGGUGUCUUCUAGCAACUCCGAUGACACGGGAGAGACGAUGGUGAGACGACUAAGCGAGAUAUCCACGUCUUCAAUCAGCUUCGAUGCCAGCAAGCUUGCCAUGUACAAGAACUUCUCAGGGCGCUCAGCCUAUGCCCGCGACCUGGAUGGUGAGGCCGUGGGUAGACCCUCUCGGAGACUUCGCCCAUCCGGCUACUCCUCUACGCGGUCAGCUCCGAUUGCCGAGAGGGCAGAGGUGGAGGCUAAGCUGGAGGAGGAGGAGGAAAAGAAAAACAAGACUUACAUCGAAAACGUGCAGCCUUCAAAGGUGGUAAAGACGACCGUCAUCUCGCUGUGA